UCAAAUUUGUCAUGUGGAUAAAUUUUCAAAAUGAUUCCUCCUAUUUUUUGUUAGUCUCUAUCGUAACAAAACAAACCAAAAAAAAAAUUAUAUAUAAUAAUAUAAUUUGGAGUGGGUACGUCAUCUGAAGAUUAGAGAUAUAAUAAAUAGAAAGAGGCAUGAAGUGAGAGAGUUUUAAAGAAAAGCAAAGAUUUCUAAAGAAGAAGAAGAAAAAAAAAGAAACAAGAGAAAAAAAUGGUGAUAAAAAGGAUAGAGCUGUGUAUAGAGCUAAUGAAGAUAGGUAUGGAGUUCGUGGUGGUGGUGGCUGAAGCCGUCCAAAUUGUUAUGCGGCAAAACCUCAACCACCGUGCUCCUCCUCAACCUCCGCGUCGACUAAUCCGACAAGGCCUCGUCCCGUAUCCCGCUUCUCACCCUUCUCCAUUCCUCUUUGGAUUUUUCCCUUGAAAAUUAAGAAACAUGAAAUUUUAUAUUCUGCUUCUUUCUCUUUUUCUUCUUCUU